AUGGAGAUGUAUGAAGUUAUAAAAAAUAAUCUUGAUAAUGUAAAAGAUUCAGAGAAGAGCGAAGAAUCGAUAGAUGAACAAAAAAGCAGAUUGAAAAAGCAGAUAGACCAACUGAAGUCUAUAAUUUUGGAAAUUGAGUGGAAUUUAAACAUUUUAAAAUUUGGCAAGAUUGAAUGCACUUUUCAUCCUGACACUACUGAUGGUCUAACUAUUGAUAACAUUCCAGAUGUCGAUAUACAACUAGGCUCUCAAUUAUAUAGAUAUGCUGGCCUCUAUUGUGUCAAAUUUUCAAAAGAAAAAUAUGUAUUUCAUUUCUCAUGUUCAAAUAAAUAUGCGAAGGAAGAUAUAUUUGCUGUAGAAAUUUUGAAUAAUCAAGAUCAGGGAACUUUAGGGAAAUGGUUAAUGCCUAUGGCUAUUGAUUUAGAGUACUUAGUGUCUGAGGUCCCUAUUGAUAACUUAAAAAAUGUACCUCAUUUUUUGAGGACUUGUAAACAUUAUAUAGAUUGUUAUUAUAUUCGACAUGAACAAUAUACUACACUGAUGGAUAAUAUUUCUGACAUAACAAAUUGCAUUGUACAAACAAAUUUAGGACAUACUCAAAUUAAUUUAGAAUUGAUGCGGGUACAUGAUGAAAACACUGAUUGUUAUAUGAACACAAUUAUAUAUCUCCUGUAUAAUACUAAUGAAGCUAGACCACACCAAAUUACAGUAGAUUUAGUAAAUGAUGAUGAUGAACCAAACAACAGUAUUAAAACACAACUACAAAAAUCUUUAGUAUGCUUUAAAAUGUUUGAUUUACAUAUAGCAUUUGAGAAAAUGUUGAAAAAGAAACCAUAUACUUGGUCAAGAGAAAGUGGUGAAGAUAAUCCAUUAGGAAUUGGUACUCCAAGUGGUUCAGAUGAAGAGGGAUUUUUGGAAAAGUUUUCAUUUCAAAUCGAGAAAUCUUUCAGUCCCGGAGCAACGAAACGAAGAAAGAGAAAGAGGCACAAAGAAACAACAAGAGUAGGAAAGCAUUCUAAUCUUUCAAGUCAGUCUAACAGUAAUGAAAAAUCUAUAACUUUUCAAAAUAAAAACGAAAAGUUUAAGAACCUUUAUGAGCAGUCUACAAGUCAACAGAAUGUUGAUGUUAAGAGAAGUGAAUUAAAACAAACAAAACUGAGAUUUGAGUUAACUGAUUCAAAAGUACAGAGUAGCAGCAAUACUGUGGUAACACCAUUGAAAAAUAAAGAAAUAAUUGAACAGCUACAUAAACCAUGUACAAGUACCCCAUUACAUCAUGAUGAACCAUGUUCUUCUAAUCUUAGGCCCAGCAAUAUUGAUAUUAGUGAUAUUACUGUUAGUGGAAGUAAUUUAGAUAACACAAAAAUUAAGAAACACAUUGAUGCUGCAACAAAAAAUAGUCUGGAAGUGGAAAACCAAUACAGGAAUGGUACACCUGUGAAAAAGAUAAUCAAGUGCUUAAACGGAUCAGCUAGUGCAAAUAACAACGUAGAAUAG